AACGGUGCCGAGAAUUUGAAAUGAUAGCUUCGACCUCAGCCACACUCCAAGAGGAGCAGGAACGGGAACUGGCGCCGGAGGUCGAGGAAGAACGAUAUAUCGAACGUCCGAGGAGCAGCACACUCUGGAUACCGCCCUGAUGAAGUCUGUAGAUGGAGGCAUAAUCGCUACAAGAUCCAGGACGUUCAAUACGGCUUUUAAAACUAUAAAGAACGUCAGCGCUGCCAAGUCCUUUGAUACUGACCAAUUUCCAACCGAAUUGUUGGUGACAGAGGAUUACAGCCGCAACGUGAAGCGAUCAGCGCGACUACCCUCCAAAUUCUUUGUGUCUGACUCUUUCCACAAGCCUGUCCAGUGGAUCCUCUCUGUCGUACAGGCAGGUCCCCCUACCGAGCGAAGACCUAAGCAAGCCUGAAGAAGGCAGAAGUGCUAGUGAUCAUCAGUCCGAUUGAAGCUGAUCAGCUGCUUGAGCGCAUUCGGACCUCCUCGCAUGUAACUUUGCAUAUAUGUGCAA